GACCUCAAACAGAGACGUACCGGAGUGUAGCUGUGUUGCAGUGAGAGCGGUCCGGGUGAAUAAGUGGGGCAAAGGUCCAGCAGAGCGGACUGACAGUAGCACACCAACAUAUCUCACUGGGGAAGAGCGGACAGAGCUGAAAGUCAAAAUGUCCAAACAGCCGCAGCCGAUCAGCCCGCUGAAGAACUUCUUCGCUGGAGGCUUUGGAGGAAUUUGUCUCGUCUUCACCGGACACCCGCUGGACACCAUCAAAGUGCGUUUACAGACUCAACCCAAACCCAAACCAGGAGAGAGCCUCCUGUACUCCGGAACCAUCGACUGCUUUAAAAAGACUUUAGCCAAAGAGGGAGUGAAAGGACUCUACAAAGGAAUGGCAGCACCAAUAAUCGGAGUUACACCAAUGUUUGCCGUCUGUUUCUUUGGAUUCGGGCUGGGCAAGAAGCUACAACAGAGAACUCCUGAUGAUAUCCUUACGUAUCCACAGCUGUUUGCUGCUGGGAUGUUGUCCGGUGUCUUCACCACGGCCAUCAUGGCUCCUGGAGAGCGAAUCAAAUGUCUCCUGCAGAUUCAGGCAACCACAGGAGAGGUGAAGUAUGCAGGACCGAUGGACUGUGUGAAGCAGCUGUACAGACAGUCUGGGAUCAGAGGGAUCUACAAAGGCACAGCUCUCACCCUCAUGAGAGACGUUCCAGCCAGCGGGAUGUACUUCACGUCUUACGAGUGGUUAAAGAAUCUCCUCACCCCAGCAGGAAAAAGCCACAACGAGCUCAGUGUUCCCAGUGUGCUGUUCGCUGGAGGAAUGGCUGGAAUCUUUAACUGGGCCGUCGCAAUCCCACCCGACGUACUCAAGUCUCGUUUCCAAACAGCUCCUGAAGGAAAAUAUCCCAACGGUUUCCGGGACGUUCUGCGGGAGCUGAUCAGAGAGGAGGGCGUGGGCUCCCUGUAUAAAGGCUUCAACGCCGUCAUGCUUAGAGCUUUUCCCGCAAACGCAGCUUGUUUCUUAGGAUUUGAGUUCGCAAUGAAGUUCCUGAACUGGGCAGCACCAAGCCUGUGAUGGAGGCUCAGCGUCGCCUCGCUGUCGAUCCCAGGAACAAACACACACACACACACACACACACACACACACACACAGAAUCUAAUGACUUAAAGAGAUUUUAAGAAUUGUCCUAAGCUGUACUUGAUUAUCAUUGAGGUUUUGUGGUACUGUAGAACACGUGGAUCAUUGAGACCUGCUGAGAGUUCAGUGCAGAGUUGUGACGACUUUGCCACGGUGCCAGUAAACACACAAACUCACACACAGUCGAAUGUUCUCACUCCUUUUGUUUUACUAGUUUCUAGAGUUUUUUUAUUCUGUUUUUUUUUAUAUAAGAAAAGGAGUGAAGUGAACAUGUUGUGCCUUACCUUUUUGUCCUCUGCGAGCAGGUGCACAUAUCAGGGAAAAGGUGCAUUUUGUUGAACUGUGUGUGUUCGUUCUCUCAGCAAUAGACGCCUUCAAACUGUCAGCAUCACGUCGGGUCACGAUCCACCCAGUGACCAGUGGUGUCGUCUUCACUUUCUGUUUGUCUAAUGUCCAAUUACGAGUGUAGUCAUGACGGGAGUGAUUGAAAAGGAAAUGAAUGUCAGCAUAUAUAGCCAUUAAAAGCGGAUUCCAUCUCUAGAAAUGUCACUGUUGUGGUUCUUCUUUUGUUUGGAUUCAUGAAAGCAAUAUAGAAAUGUAAUCAGAA